CUUCACUCUUGCAGAAAGCGUGAAAGCCACAGAAACCUGUACAGUCGUGCUCUACCUACAUUGAUUGAUCGAUCGUAAAUAAAUCAGUACCAUCUAAACAGUGCUCAAAAUGAUUUUCUGUGUAUCUUUUAAAAUGUAGAUGUAUAGUGUUUUGUUAAAAUAUGCAAUGUAUCAAGUACCGUUAAUACUAAUAUGUGAAAAAUCAAAUGUACGAUAUGUUUCAAUAUCAUUAUAUGCUUAACCAACACACUUUGGCGGAAAAAGGACAUUUUAUAUAUAAACAACUCAUAACCACUUAAGAAGCAUCCAUACGAAAUCUUGAUCAACAACUUACUGAUCAAAUUUAUUUUCGAUAAACGUCUUCAACAUGGAUAUUUCAGGCAAUAAAAUAAAUAAUAUUCGUAUGUGAGAUCAAUGUCAUUGGUUGAAAUCUGUGAUAUAGUAAUAUUCUUUUAUAUCAUUCAAUAUUUAUUAAGUAUUAAAAUGACUCAUACUUCAAGAUAUGUGGGAUACCAUACUGGUACCAAUCGAGACUAUUUAACUGAUGGAGAUGAGAGCCAUCAUGCUCCAUCGGAUCGUACAGUAUCUGAAUAUAUUGUAUCUGCUGACCAUACUACAAUGGUAAAAGCAAUGAAAAAGGACCGUCCAGAGAGAUAUGAAAAAGAGGAAGGAAGACGAUCGCGAAGCACACCUAACAGUCGUGUUUCUGUGCUAUCAGGGUCUUCCAGACAUAGUCUUCAUCCCCUUAAUAAGAGUGCUUCGCAUGGCAGCAUAUGUGACAAUGGAUCAGAUAUAUAUGUUACAAGUGCUGCAUAUAGAGCAACUUCAGACAUAAGUCAUGCAUCGCAUCACAGUCUAACUCCAAGUUCAAGAUUGGGUCAUCGGGCACCUAGUCAUUGCAGUUAUGGUUCUGCAAAAUCAGUAAAAUCACACACAUCCAAGAAGGAUGGUAUUAUUAUAGAAACUAUGUCAACACCUAAUCCUUUUUGUCCAAAUACCAAGGGAAUUUGCUGCCUUAUGUUACUUCUCAAUCUUGGUUUAAUUCUUGUUACAUUAGGUUUUGUUAUAGUAAUUCAAUUCUUUCAACCAUUAAUAGUUUGGAUUUUGGGAAUAGUGUUUCUUGUAUUUGGAUUUUUAACUUUGAUAGGAAGUCUCAUAUAUUGUGUACAUGUAUUUAGAAAUGCAAAGCACCCACAUGACAUUAAUCCAGAAGACCUUUAUUGGACUAGAUAUUGGCAAGGACAUGUAGGCUCAGCACCUGAAGUGUAUUACAAGGCAGAAGAUAAGUAUCAAGAUGAUGGAUACAGUGAUCGUUUAAGCAAAUACUCAAAUAAAUAUUAUGAUCGUCAAAGAUAUUGACAAUAAAUAAUAUGUAUUUUAUGUAAAAUAUGAAAGUAUUCAAUAUGUUUAUAUUAUACAUAGAAUUAUCAAAAUUGUAUAAUGAAUUAAGAUACUCUAGAACAAAAAAAGUUAUGUUUCAUGUAUAUCAA